AUGCCUUCAAAAACAGCGCCGAAAACUCCCUCGUCAGCCACGGCCGUCGCAGCAGCAAAGAAUUCAACCAUUUCUGGAGCUAGCGUCUCAUCCUCCACAGCAUCUUUGUCAGCAUUGACCAAAGAAGCAGCUUCAGCCAAAACACCACCUUUGAUCAAGCGACCGAACCCAACACCAACACCCAGUAGUGCAGCGAAAAAACGGCCUUAUCGAAGAACGAAACGACCCAAAAACUACUGCGACAAGUCAACCAUCACCACAACCACACAAGCGGUGCAUACGCCAGUCAAUGUCUACGACGCUGUUCUGGGAGAGUGCGAAGAUCUCCUAAAGGCUAGCACAGAAGCGCAGUCACUCGGGAGGUUGAAAAUGGCAAGUGCCUACCAACUACUGCUGCACACACGUCUAAUUGGCCUGGGAAAGCGCUUUGACAGAGCUCAAACCUUGGCACCAACACCUAACAGCAAACGAAGAGGAAAUGUGGAUAAUGCCGUGGAGGACAAUGAUAUUGACACUGAGGAAUCUCGAUUUCCAACCUCGCGGCUCAACUAUGAUGAUCAACUAUCGGAAAAGCCUUCGGCAGAGGCCAAAGGUAAAGGGGGCGACUCGGCUCCGAACAGUAGUGAAACACCAAGGAACUCGGCAAUAUCUGCCGACAGCUCCACGACUUCAAAUAGCAUUCCUCGAGCAUUACAGCAGCUGACCUCUAUACUACCUUCGAACUUGGAGAUGGACACAACCAUGAUGGAGCAUUUGGCACGGGCAGCAGUGGAACUCCAUCACCAGCGCACCGGCCGCAAAAAGUCAGCCGAUGGUCUAUUGGCGUCUCCCAUGACAGGGGGCUUCCCUGCAACCCCACAACCUGAGUCCACCACUCCAAAAGGAGCUGGUUCGAAAUUGGCGUGGACGGUCGAAGAGCAGAAGACUGUGACAAAGGCCUUGCAGCAAAAGAAAUCGGCACCUGCUAUAGCUAAACUUCUUCCGUCCAAAACGGAAGCCCAAGUAAAGGCCUUUUUGAAGAAUCGAAAGGCAAAAGAUUCUGUACAGGACGCCUUUCAGGGCGAUGAAACACCUUCGAAACGAAAAGGAGGGCGAGGUCGGAAACCUCCUACGACUGCAAUGAACACUGUGCCCAAUGCAAACCUUGAUAUGAAAGCUCUUCUGCAGGGACAGGGUCUGCGAAAGGGGCAAGCUUCGGGAGCGAAACAGAGAGCGGGAGACGUCGUCAUUUUGUGA